AUGGCGGUGUUCCCACUGCUUACCAACUACGUUGAGGUCAUCAUCCCUCUUGUCUUCUGUACAUAUCUACUUGUUGCUACGUACCACCUGCCGAAUCGCGAGUUUUAUUCCGUGUAUAACGGUAUGGACCAGAUCCAACUUGCUCACACUUUGCAGAAUGUCGUGCUUUACUGUCUGCUUCAGCUCUUCUCACUGCUGGCGUUGAUCUUCAUGCUAAAGUGCAUGCUUGGGCAUUCUCCUGUCAAACACAUCGCGUUUGUCUUGAAGAAACAGAUCGACUUUAUUCAGAUUAGCCUCAUAUUCUGGUUAUUGUACAACGUCCAAACCUCGCUUCAGCACUUUGGUUAG